CUGGGGAACCCUGCCCCCGUCUUCGGUGCAGCCCUGUGCAGUUCAACCGCUGCUGCGUUGAAAUGAUUUCGUCUGGGUAUGAUCACCUUCUCGGGCCCGGGAGUCUGAGCGCUCAGAGAAACUUCUGUCCAGAGCGGGCAAGAGGCAGGUGGCUGGGCACCCAGUAAGCCGAGGACCCCAGACACCCUCAAACCCACCGUCCCGCUUGUAGUCCGGGAUUUCUCCCCUUGAACCGGGCGGGUACGACCCUCCCCCGGGAAGACGCCUGCCCGUGCCACAAUGCUGUCAUCCAGUGACUUUGGAGCUGCAUCCUGGGAGCUUGUGGUCCGAGUUGACCAUGCAGAUGAGGAGCAGCAGACAGAUGUCACGCUGAGGGUGUCUGGCGACCUGCAUGUUGGAGGAGUGAUGCUCAAGCUGGUGGAACAGAUGAACAUCGCCCAGGAUUGGUCAGACUUUGCUCUGUGGUGGGAGCAGAAGCGCUGCUGGCUUCUGAAAACCCACUGGACCCUGGACAAGUGUGGAGUCCAGGCCGACGCCAAGCUCCUCUUCACCCCGCAGCAUAAAAUGCUUCGCCUUCGCCUACCCAAUGCCAAGACCGUGCGACUGCGAGUCAGUUUUUCAGCUGUGGUGUUUAAGGCUGUUGCCGAUAUCUGCAAAGUGCUGAAUAUUAGACGGCCAGAGGAACUUUCAUUGUUAAAGCCUUCUGGUGACUAUUCUAAGAAGAAAAAGAAGAAAGACAAAAGUAGUAAAGAGCCAGUGAUCGAAGACAUCCUGAACCUGGAAAGCUCUUCAACAAGCUCAGGUUCCCCAGUAAGCCCCGGCUUGUACAGUAAGACCAUGACACCCACAUACGACCCCAUCAGUGGGACGCCAGCCUUAUCCACUAUGACUUGGUUUGGUGACAGCCCUUUGGCGGAGCAAAACUGCAGUGUUCUGGCCUUCAGCCAACCUCCUCCAUCGCCAGAUGUGCUCGCUGACCUGUUCCAGCCCCGAUCUUUGGUUGACAAAGCCAAGAUGAAUGCAGGUUGGCUGGAUUCCUCCAGAUCCCUUAUGGAGCAAAAAAUUCAAGAAGAUGAGCAGCUGCUGCUAAGAUUCAAAUACUACACCUUCUUUGACUUGAAUCCUAAAUAUGACGCUGUCCGAAUAAACCAGCUCUACGAGCAAGCCAGGUGGGCUGUUCUCUUGGAGGAAAUCGACUGCACAGAAGAAGAAAUGCUGAUCUUUGCAGCCCUGCAGUAUCAUAUCAGCAAACUGUCGCUGUGUGCAGAAAUACAGGACUUUGUGACAAAGUCUGAGGUCGAUGAAGUAGAAGCCGCGCUGACGAGUUUGGAAGUGACCCUUGAAGGCGGAAAGGCUGACAACGCUUUGGAGGACAUUACUGAUAUCCCUAAACUCGCAGAUUAUCUCAAAUUAUUUAGACCCAAGAAGCUAAUGUUAAAAGCUUUCAAGCAGUACUGGUUUGUCUUUAAAGACACAUCUAUAGCCUACUUUAAAAAUAAGGAACUUGAACAAGGAGAGCCAAUAGAAAAACUAAACAUUAGAGGGUGUGAAAUUGUGCCCGAUGUGAAUGUAGCGGGGAGAAAAUUUGGAAUCAAGUUACUAAUCCCUGUUGCUGAUGGAAUGAAUGAAGUGUAUUUGAGAUGCGACCAUGAGGAUCAAUAUGCCCGGUGGAUGGCUGCCUGCAUCUUGGCAUCGAAGGGGAAAACCAUGGCAGACAGCUCCUACCAGCCAGAGGUCGUCAGCAUCCUUUCAUUUCUGAAGAUGAAGAACCGGAGCUCGUCCCCGCCAGCGGCCUCCAGUCUCGACAGCAUGGACAUGAACCCAGAAAGCUUAGUAUCGCCUCGCUGUGCGAAAAAGCACAAGACUAAACAGCUGGCAGCCCGGAUCCUCGAAGCUCAGCACAGCGUGGCCCAGAUGCCCCUGGUGGAAGCCAAACUGCAGUUCAUCCAGGCCUGGCAGUCCUUACCUGAGUUCGGCCUCACCUACUACCUUGUCAGAUUUAAAGGGAGCAAGAAAGACGACGUCCUGGGAGUUUCAUAUAACAGGCUGAUUAGAAUCGAUGCAGUCACUGGGAUUCCAAUUACAACGUGGAGAUUCGCCAACAUGAAGCAGUGGAAUGUCAACUGGGAAAUCCGGCAGGUGGCGAUCGAGUUUGACCAAAACGUCUCUAUCGCAUUCACCUGCCUAAGUGCAGAUUGCAAGAUUGUGCAUGAGUACAUCGGUGGCUACAUUUUCUUGUCCACCCGAUCCAAGGACCAAAAUGAAACGCUGGACGAGGACCUCUUUCACAAACUGACUGGCGGUCAGGACUAAAGUGAAGCAAGCGGGCCUGUUUGGCCUCCAUGGACCUCGGGGUUCUCGGAAUGGGUAGGAUCUGUGGCGUUCCCAGUGUGUAGGUUCCAGACUACCACAAUGUACAUCCUUGCCUCGUCUGAACACACUGCCAGCCCGUCCCUUUCCUUACUUUGCCUCCACUGCCAGCAGUAGACUGGGCUCCUGCUGCUCAUCCUGUAAAGUGGCUGGGGAGAGACGGGCAGGGCAUUCAGUGCCUGCUCUAAGCCCAGCAUGGCACACCAGUUCUGUGGCUUUGCAGGCACCGUAUGUACUGACCAGCAGCUAGCUGACCUUCUGUUUAUAUGCCUCCUGGUAAGUCAGCAAUGAGAGCAGAAGGACAGAAGUGACUGCAGCAGGUACAAAUCUCACUCCACAACCUCAGGUCCUUCCUUCACAAAACUCAUCAUCGCUCUCAUCUUGCCAGAAAGCCAGAGGGAGUCUCGAUACACUUUUUCUUUGGAGGUCAAAGAGAUGAGCAGGGAGCAGCAGGGUUACAGUCGUCUUCGGCAUCAUCAGUUUACAGGGACUGUCACAUUGGGUAGGGUGACCACUGACCAUCUGGUCUAAUCAUUGGUCUUCCUGUUAUUGCUGACCCUAGAAGCUCCAUUCCUAGGGAAUCCCAUGGACACAUUGAAGUCCUUAAAGACAUGGGUGCUGAAGGGAUACAGGGAGCCCACUCUUAGCCAAGAUCCAUGACAGGCUCGGCUCUCUGCUAAUGGAAAGCACCUGCCACGAAACUGAAAAGAUGACUCAGCAGUUAAGAGGGCUUGCUGCUCUUCCAGAGGAGGACCAUAACUGAGUUCCAAGUGGCCACCAGGGAGCUUAGGCCUUCUUCUGAACUCCGUGAGCACCUGCAUUCACAUCCACAUGCCAAGCACACACACACACACACACACACACAAUUAAAAAUUACUCUAAAACCAAAAAAAAACCACCCACUCCUGGCAGGAUUCCAAUUCCAGUCAGCCAAUCAGACCUCCAUUCCAGGCAAGUAAGGAAAGGAGGUUAAAUCUGUUCCUAGAGGCCACACACACACACACACACACACCACCCCCCGCCAUGCUGAAGUUCUGGGGACUAUCGGCUGCCACUUCCUGAUUCCGGCUGCUCUGAGUGGUAAGGCUGCUCUUCUUAAUGCUCCACAGAGCUCUGGGUGCGGACUCUGCUUCGAUGAUUCUGGCCAUUUUCCCUAAACAUCUUCAAAGACAAUAACAGACUCUUGGAGGCUGCUUUUUGUGGUGACAUCACUGCCCAGCUCAAGCAUAAACUCUUGACAGCUGCCUAAAUGCCCUAAUCUGGUUUUGGGGUUUUGUUGUUGUUGAAGUUUUAAGAAGGAGGAAUACAGCAUCGGCGACAAAGGGAGAUGUUUUAUUUUGUUCAUACACAGCCUUCUCCUUCCCCACGAGCUCAAACUGUGCAGAUAAAGAAAGAGCUUUACCUGAACGCUACCAGCCUCCUAGGCUGCAGGCUUCAGGAGUUUGGAUGAAGCCCAGAGAGCCUCAAGCCUCAGCGUAGAUUUGUUUCCCAACAAAGCCACGAGGGAAAUGAGAGUUCUGCAAUUCCAGGAGUCAGGAGACCGUCCCGGCUGGAGAGCACAGACUGAGCCAAAGAACCUUGUGGAGGUUUUGUUCAGCCUCUCCUGAGAGCUGUCUACUCACGAGCCUUCCAGGUACCCGCCCAAUUCCUGAGGCUCAGCUUGGCUCAGAAGUGCUUUAGGCAUUUGGAAGCUCUGGCUCCCAUCAGGAAGAACUUGAUUUGGAAUGUUUUGUGCAGACACCAAUGCUAGCACAAGCAGUAAACGUGGUGGUCUUUCCUCUGCUGUCCUGGGCUCUACCAUGUGGAGCCUAGAUAGGACUUAGUGUAAACCUGGGGAUGCUACCCUAGACUGAGUACAGUGUACACACGUUUAAUGGGAGGGCUCCGGAAUGAGACCCUUUCCCAAACAAAAUCAUCCCCAUGCUAGAGCCAGACCCUGGCCACUGUGACCUUGAUUACACAUCCUAGCGACAAUUCAGCUUCCCUAGUUUCCCCGAGCCCAGUCCUUCAGAUCAUUUCCUCCUUAGCUUUUCAUGGUUGGCUGACAUUUCCAUGAGGGCCCUUGAGCAUCUUCACUCACGGUGGCCUGCUGUCAAUCUUGACAGUGGAUUCCUUUCUCCCCUGACUUCCCUUCAUGUUGUAGUACGUCUGAAGGAUGAAAUAAAGUCUUUCCUUCCAA